GUGCUUUUAUAUGUUACAAAUAAAAGUCAUCCCGGGUUUUCUCUCCUUAGAGUUGAGAUCUGCCUUGAAAUAGGAUCUGGAUCCGGUGUGGUUUCAACAUUUCUAGCUUCGUCCAUUAUCGGUUCCAGUGCACUGUAUAUAUGUACAGAUAUCAACCCGAUGGCAGCUUACUGUACACUGGAGACAGCUCUGCUUAACAAUGUUCACCUUCAGCCAGUCAUUACUGACUUGGUCAAGGGACUGUCUCCAAGAUUAAAUGGGAAGGUUGGUCUACUGCUGUUUAAUCCACCGUAUGUGGUAACACCUUCUGAAGAGGUGGAAAGCCAUGGAAUAGAGGCAUCCUGGGCUGGUGGCAAAAAGGGCAGAGAAGUAAUGGAUAGAGUUUUUCCAUUAGUACCAGACCUACUUGCACCAGGAGGAUUAUUCUAUUUGGUUACAAUUAAAGAAAAUAAUCCAGAUGAAAUUCUGGAAACAAUGAAGAAAUGUGGCUUAGAAGGCACACGAGUACUUUCCAGGCAAGCAGGACAAGAGAUGCUAACUGUCCUCAGAUUUAGGAAGUCUUGAUAACUGCUCUUAACCUUCCAGAUGCUAGGCAUGCAGAA